UGUUCGACACUCAAGUAGACCAAAAGCCCAGGGAGCAGUACAGUGCCAACCGAAAACCGAUCGAACGGUGAGCAACCGUUGGACAGAAUAUCGAAUAUAGCAACUCAGUAACAGUUAGACCAAAAGACAAAUCCGCAACCGUUUAUUGCGAUAUAAAAGCCUGGAGCAAGAGCUACCUUUAUCAGCCCUUUUGCUGUCGAGUCGAAAACCACAUUCUCGAAGCUUUCCGCUGAGUUUCCGCGUGGUCUGUAGAAACGAAAAAUAUACGCCAAAAAAGCAAGCGAAAAAAGUGAAAUUGAAAUUCAAAAUCAAAAGUUUGGAGUUAAGUGAAUGUUUCUCAGUGUGUGUGUGUGCAGUGCAACGGUUAUAUAAAUCCAAAAUUAACGGUAGCCGAGCAAUUAAGGUGUUACUUGUCAGAAUUUUAUAAAAAAAAAACCGAAUGUUUUGGCUUGUUACUUUGUUGUAGUAAACCAAAAUCAAAACCAAAUACUAAAUAUACAGUUCGCCAUCCUGGACCGUUCGUUGUUUUUAGUGUGAGGCGCUCUGCCUGCAUUUCGCCGGAACGUCAAACCCUACCCACACCCUGCUGCCCGUCGUCGAUAGCAUACCGAUACCGAUUGUUGAUACCAAUAGCCGCUUGCUGUUUAUAACAUUUUGAUUAAAAAUUCAGCAAUCCGUGCCCUACUUAACAAAGACCUAUAAGAUAGGAUUCUGUUCGGUUCCCAUCUUAAAAAAUCACGACGCAGCCAUCCAUCCGUGGAUUUUGGAUGAUGAGCGACUAGGCACGAGCUAUUCGAAUUGUUAAGGGGUAGCAAAAACGCAGAACAGCAAUUUCGCGAAAAAUACGCAGUUGGGAAAAAGUGUUAGCAAGUAAGAAACAACAUUAAUGAAUUUUGUGAUUAAAAACAUUUAAAAGGUGUACAACAAAAGCUCAUUUUGUAUAAAAAUAAAAAGAACGCUAGCGAAAUAUUCAAAAUAAUAUAAAAUCCCAGCACGCCAGCAACAACAAGACGUGGCACAAACUAAAAACACAAAAAAGCUCACAAUCAACGAAAUCGAGAGCGAAUGCGCGCGCUCGAGAGUGAUAGCAGAAAAGCAGAGUGAAAAAGAGAGAGGUACAAGAAGAGCGGUAAUCGAGAGCGACAACAACAAAACACAAGCGCAAGCAGAAGCCAAAAGCCAAUUGCGCACGGAACGUAGAACAGGGAAAACUAACGGAACUCAAGAAUCGCAGCACGGAUAAUAGUUAAAAAGGGUGAACAAAGAGACAGGGAAAAUGGUAAACAAGGUGAAUGGCAAGAAGGCGGAAAAGGACAAGGAGAGGCAGCGAGAGGCAAUGUUGCCGGCGGCGGGCAACAACAGCAACAACAGCAGCAACAUCGGAAACAGCAGCAACAUCGAAAACAGCAGCAACCUUAGCAACAUAAACAACAACAAAACGAAUAACAAAACAACGACCAAUAAAGGGCUAAAUGCCAAGCCCAACAACGUUAGCAAAAAGAAUGGAGGCAAGGGACAGCAGCAACAACAACAGCAGCAGCAACAACAGCAACGCAGUAGCAAAAAAGCUAAGCCACAGCGGCAACAGAUAUUUUUGCAAUCGCUGCCACGCGACAGCAGCAACUACAGAAGCAACACUUACAGGAGCAACAUCAACAUCAGUAGCAACAUUAGUAGCAACAGCAACAAAAGCAGCAACAGUAACAGCAUCAAUAGUAACAGCAACACCUUGGACACACCGGCCACAUUGGACAGUGGAUUGGGCAAAAUAAAUCCCGCUGAACUGCUAACGGCAGCCUUGGCCGUGCCCUGUGCCAAAUGCUCAAAGCCAUCGAUGAUCUCUAGUCUGACCACCGCCGUAACCGCAUCCACAUCCUCCGUUUCCACCUCCGCCACCUCGUCGUCGUCGUCAACCAGUUCCGGAUCGGAGACCGCCAGCAAUCAUAGCGAUCUCAACUAUCCGGAGCCGGUUGUCUACUCUGGCAAGCAGUAUCGCAAAUCCAAAUCCUAUAUGGGUGCAUCCCUGUACAAUAGUUCAUCUAAUACAUACCAAUCGGGUCGGGCGCCCAAUGCCGCUGGCGGUGGUAAUGGCAAUCAUGUAGCGUAUAGACGGUCCCAUAGCGAUCGUCGCAACUCGUUUGAUCGCACUUUCGCCGAAAGGAAUCGCGACUUUGUGCCCAUUGUGCCGCCGUCGCGUCCGGUCUUGUCCUCAUCCAACAUCGCCGGUGUCAUGGCCAGCGCCUCCAAGCUUACGAUCAUAGAACGGUUCGGCAAAGGACGUAUCGCGUAUCCCAUAAUGCAGUGCGGGACACUAGACGGAGCCGAACCGUUAUAUCAUCAACAGCGCAGCAACAGAAUGGACGUCUACCAGAUCGACGAUGGAUUCCACUCGGACGGCGGCACCGAGACACCGCCGCCGUCGCCGAGCUCCGGAUCUUCGAUCGCCUCGACGUCGGACCACGGAUCGCUGGAGAGCGUCGACACCGGAGGGACGCAGCGGCUGGCCGUGCUAUCGUUCGAGCAGGUGAGCAAGCUGCACGACGUCAUGGACGAGAAGGUGGCCAUCCACGGACGCGGCAACUUUCCCACGCUGGAGGUGACGCUCAAGGAUCUGGUCAAUCUGGUGCGCCGCAAGCUGGAGGCGGAGGUGAACGCCGGCGGCGCCGGGGUGUUAGUUAAGGACAUCCGUCUCAACGGCGGGGCAGCUAGUCAUGUUUUAGCCAGCGAGGAUCAGCCGUACAAUGACCUCGACCUGAUAUUCGCCAUCGAGCUGAGUUCGCCGCGCGUCUUCGACCGCGUCAAGGUGGCGGUGCUGAACACGCUGCUCGACUUAAUGCCCGAAGGUGUGUGCAAGCGGCGCAUCUACACGUGCUCCCUGAAGGAGGCCUACGUGGGCAAGAUGGUCAAGGUGAACAACAACAAUGACGGCGACCGCUGGUCGCUCAUCUCACUGGGCAACUCGCCGGGCCACAAGAACGUUGAGCUGAAGUUCGUCGACUCGAUGCGCCGUCAGUUCGAGUUCUCGGUGGACUCGUUCCAGAUCGUCCUGGACUCGCUGCUGCUCUUCUACGACUGCGCCGCCCUGCCCAUCUCGGAGAACUUCUAUCCGACGGUGGUCGGCGAGUCGGUGUACGGGGACUUCCAGGAGGCACUCUACCACUUGCAAAAGAAACUGAUCUCAACGCGUCAGCCGGAGGAGAUUCGAGGCGGCGGCCUGCUCAAGUACUGCAAUCUAUUGGUGCGCAACUACAAGGCCGUCGACUCGCAGCUCAUCAAGACCCUGGAGCGUUACAUGUGCUCGCGAUUCUUCAUCGACUUCCCGGACAUCAAUACGCAGACCACCAAGCUGGAGGCCUACUUGCGUAACCAUUUCUGGGGCGUCGAUGAGGAACCGCUGCAGUAUCAGUACCUGAUGCAUUUACGCGAGGUGGUCGAGAUGUCGACGGUCUGUCUGAUGGGCCACGAGCGGCGCCAGACGCUCCACCUCAUCCAGUCGCUGGCCGCCCAGGUGCUCUUCAACAAACAGGAGAAGCAACAGCAGCAGCACGCCCAUGAGCAGUACCAGCAGCAGCAGCAGCAGCAGCAACAUCAGCAGCACCAGCAACACCAGCAGCAGCAGCAGCGACAGCAUCAGUUCCUGGACCCAGCGCAGCAGCAGCAGCAGCAGCAACAGCAGCAGCAGCAGGCACAGUCGCAACAACAGCAGCCGCAGCAGGCGGCCACCCUGACCCUUGUUUCGCAGGCACCGCCAACGGGCCAGGCGCAGACCAUUUACGUGCAACAGGCCGCCCCAGCUGCCGUGUGCUGCACGAGCAGCGCGGAUCAGACGCCGACAGCCGCUCCACAGACCAUACAGAUACAGGCCGGUCCGCCGGGACUCAUCUACGCCAACGGCGUCUACUAUGCACCUGUGAUCCCCAGCACCAUCUGCACGUGCAACUCCACCUGGCUGAGCACGUGAUUGGGGCAGCA